CUACUCUACACUGUCUAGACUACAGUACAGUACAGUCACAACAACAACAACAGUGUUUCAAAAAUCGGCGAUAAAUUUUUUAGUUAAAAAAAAUUAAUUAUUUAUAAAAAACAAUUAUAUAGUCAAUAUUGUCUUAGUCAUCAAAAUUAACAAGCCGAUUACGAGUUGUCCUCAUCUUUGGCCGAGGAGACCAAAAAACCAUUGAUGAUGGACUACGAUAGCAGUAGUGCCCGUCAGGACGGCUUCGGCAUCGGUGGCGGUCCUAUCGGCAGUGUUACCAACUUUUUUGCCUCAUUUAUCCUAUCCCAGGUGUUCGGCCUGUUUAUCAUUGUGUUUGUCAGUGUCUGGAUAUCCCGAUACUUGGGUGGCAUCAGUUUUGCCGAUAGUCUUUUAAUAUUUAAUUUUCAUCCGCUAUUUAUGACAUUGGGAAUGGUAUUCAUCUUUGGCGAUGCAAUACUAGUCUAUCGGGUGAUGCGAAACGAGCGUAAAAAGAUACUAAAGAUAUUGCACGCCGUACUCCAUGGUCUGGCCCUCGGGUUAGCCCUAUUGGGUUCGUGGUCUGUCUGGUACUAUCAUAGCUCCAAAGGCAUACCCAAUCUCUAUUCACUGCACAGUUGGCUCGGUCUGCUAACAAUGGGACUGUUUACCAGCCAGUACGCACUGGGAUUUGUGUCGUUCCUGUUUCCAGGUCUGGCACCCGGCUAUCGUCGUAUAGUACUGCCCUAUCAUGUCUAUAUUGGUGUUACACUGUUUGUAUUGGCAGCCGUUACCUCCUUGUUGGGCAUUACCGAAAAGGCAUUUUUUUCGCUUGAUGGUAAAGUAAAUCCAAGAUAUGCCGACAAACCGGGAGCCGCUUACGUAAUCAAUAUGCUUGGCCUGUCUAUAGUUAUUUUCGUAGCCAUUGUCGUCUAUUUGGUGACCAACAACCAGUACCGUCGGCGACCGCUACCCGAAGAACAGGCUCUACAGUUGCAGAACGAAGAGACCACUUCAAUGAACUGAUUGAUUGGAUUAGAGGAUUAAGAAGAUUAAUGAAGAUUAAUGAAGAAACUGAUGAUCUGAUCUCUCUAUUGUUUGUUUGAUUGAUUGAUGUGUUUAAUAGUAAUUAUUAUUAUUAUUAUCGUAAUAUUAUUACCGGUAUUGUUGUUGUUGUUGGCAGUCAUUUAUAAUUAUUUUUAAUUAAUGAUAUUAUUAUUAUUAUUAUUACGGUAUAUA